CCCGCGGCCGCAGCGGAAAGGCUCCGUCUCGGCCCAGCCAAUGCGGGGAGCGGCGAGCCAUGGGCGGAGAGGACGCCCGCCACCCAAUCAGAGCACGGCUCAGCGCCGCCUCAGCCAACCCGCGGCCAGGGCGAGCAAGGCGCCGGGCGGAGCCGCGGCUGCCCCCGCCCAAUGGACGCCUCCUCGCGGCGCGCCCGCCCCGCCCCUCAGCCAAUCGGCGCCGCGUCUCUCCAUUUCCACACAGAGGUCGUCUUUCUUCUUCCUCCUCCUCCGUGCGGCGGCGGCAGGAGGCAGCGGCCAUGGCGCAGGCGAAGCAGUGCCGGCGGCUGGAGCCGGGGCUGGCGCGCUCGGUGCUGGCGGGCGUGGAGGCGGUGCUCUUCGACUGCGACGGGGUCCUGUGGCGGGGCGAGGCGGCGGUGCCGGGGGCGGCCGAGGCGCUGGGCCGGCUGGCGGCCGAGGGCGGGGCGGAGGGGGGCCGGCGGCGGCUGCUCUGCUACGUCACCAACAACUCCUCGCGCACGCGCGGUGCCUACGUGGAGAAGCUGCGGCGCCUGGGCUUCCCGCCCGCCGAGCCGCGCCAGGUCUUCGGCUCCGCCUACUGCGCCGCCCGCUACCUGCGCCGCGCCCUGCCGCCCGGGGCCGCCGCCUACGUGCUGGGCGGGGCCGCGCUCAGCGCCGAGCUGGAGGCCGCCGGCGUGGCCCACCUGGGCGCGGGGCCCGAGGCCGCCGCCGCCGCCCCGGAGCAGGAAGCCUCCGCCGCCCAGCCGCCGCCGGGCUCCCGCGCCCCGCUCGACCCCUCCGUCCGCGCCGUGCUGGUGGGCUACGACGAGCACUUCAGUUACGCCAAGCUCUGCCUGGCCCUGCGCUACCUGCUGCGCGGCGACGGGGACUGCCUGCUGGUGGGCACCAACCGCGACCACCGCCUGCCCCUCGAGGGCGGCAGCGCCGUGCCUGGCACUGGCUGUCUCGUCAAGGCUGUGGAGACGGCUGCAGAGCGUGAGGCGUUCAUCAUUGGCAAGCCAAGCGACUACAUCUUUGAGUGUGUGGCUAAUGAAUUCAACAUCGACCCUGCUCGCACCAUCAUGGUUGGGGACCGCCUGGACACAGACAUCCUCAUGGGCAACAACUGUGGCCUGAAGACUCUUCUCACCCUCACAGGGGUCACCACACUGGAGGAAGUCAAAGACCACUUGAAGAGCGACUGUCCUAAGCGGAAAAACCUGGUCCCCGAUUACUAUGUUGAUAGCAUAGCUGAUCUUCUCCCUGCCCUCCAGGAUUAAAAAAGGGGAAAUUUCCACUUUUAAAAGGUAUAUCCUCGCCCCGUCCCUUGCUCUCUGCCCUCAGUGACUUGAGGCUGGUACUCUCCCCUCAGUUACUGCAAUGCACACAAUUGCUGCUUGCAACUUAAGAUGCUUUUAGUGCAUAACUUUCAAUUUGAGUUCUCUGUUUACAAAUUUCUCUAAAAUGCACUUUGGAACAAAGAGGGAAAGUGUGUUGUGUCGGUCAGCUUUCAGAUGUUGAAAAGCGUCAAGUUUGUCUUAAAAGUGUCUGCAGUGUUAAGGCAUCAGGGUAGAGGCUUGCUCAGCUGGCUUGAAGAGGAUUGGGUAGGCUUCUGGGAAAACCUUGCACUGUGGUCUUAUGUGGAGACUGCCAGCCAGUCUUUGGAAAUUCAGGGAAUUGAGCAGUUUGAGGGCUGUCCCUCUUUUCUGAUCUCUAGAACUUGACUCUAAGUUUGUUUUGAUGCUUACUCAGGUCCCAGUUUAGACAGCCUGAUUCAGGUGUGAUUUCAGGGGAAAGGAAGCCUCUUGCAUGUACAGUAGUGUCAUUGUUACAUCCCCACCAUACUUUACUCAAUGUGCAAAAUAUGAACAAUGCUGUUGUGUUCCAUUUCCUCCAAGAUAAUAGAUGUUUGUAUAUAGUGAUGUGAAGAACAUCAGAUGUCUAUUUUAAAAGUUAACUUUAAUAUAUUAAAAAUGGGUCUUAUUGGUCAGGAGGAAAGAGGAGAGGGAAUAGUGCUCCAUUGGUUGCUAAAAACCUUCCUUACACUGUUCAUUACACACCACAGCAGUAUCUGUACAAUCUGCGAGACUAAGCGCCAUUUUAAAUAAAAAGCUGGGUUAUUUGAGGACUCCAAAGUUGUGUUAUGCAUAAAUGUCCAGACACAACCUGCCACGCUAGUCUGCAGUCUUGCUGAAGGUGCUAGAUCCUAGAUGCAAGAGUGAGCUACUUGUAGAAGGGAUCCUAGGCCAUACAACGUAGGGAUCCUUUUGCCACUACAGUAACUUGCCCAGUGCUUCCAGGUUAAAAUCUUCCUUAUGGGUGGGAGCCCCUAAGAAAACCCACCCUUGUGUGGUGGGAGUACCCAAGAAAAGUCCUUUGCAGACCUGCCUUGGGUGCAGCUGAGAGGCACAAGCCAUUUCACUUUGCAGUCUUGUGGUAAACAUGAUACAUUGCACUUUUCAGAUGCCUAUGUGGCUUUGGUCUUGUGGCACUAAUGUCAAACUAUGUAACAUCUCAAGAAAUGUAAUUAAAAAUUUUGCAAUCAAAAGAGGACACUUUGUUUUGCCUUUCAAAAGUAGCCAAAAUGUCUCUAACCAUGUAUGGCAGAUAAUGCUUCCUCUGUCACAGACACUUGAAACUUGUAUUCACUUGCCACUUUUUCAUGUAGCAAUAAUUGUGUUGUCAACAGUGGAGGAUGCUUCAUGUUUAUUAAUUAGUGUCAACAUUCACACUUCUUUAGAAAUGCUAAAGGUGCCCAAUUACUAUUUUUUUUCCUUUCCUUGUAAUCUGUCUCCAAAUAAAACUUUUUUUCCUUU